GAAGAAGUGGGGAUCAUGGCCUUGGCACCCCUGGCCGAGAUGCUAACCAGCUCACAGCCCAGCGCCACGCCGGGCUCAUUCAUGAGCCCCCUGACAGGCCCCCUCAGCACGCUGCUGUCCGGCCCAGCACCCAUGUCACAGAGCAGCCCCCUCACCGGCUUCCUGACCAGUCCUGUGGCGGGGCCCCACCUGGGUACCAUGGCCAGCUCCCUAGGCCUGCCCUCCACUGGCCCCCUGACUCCCAGCAGCCCCCUUGCAGGCCCUGUGGCCAUGUCCCAGAGCAGCCCCCUGAUAGCCCCUGUGACGGGCACAGUGGCUGUUUCUCUGAGCAGCCCCCUGCUCAGCUCCACUGCUGCCCCACUAGGGGUCUCUCAGAACCUGCUGGCCAACCCCAUGAGCAACCUGGUCCUGCCAGAGGCCGCAAGGCUUCGGCUGGCUGAGCCGCCCCGCGGAGGCCCCCCUGGGCCCCACUCCCCAGCUUGCGUGGUGCCUGCUGCCAGCACCAAAGUCCCUCUCUCCACCGAGGCCCCCCGGUCAGCCCAGGACCCAGAGCCUCUCAGCAUGCCGUUUGCAGGGGCACCCCUCCAGGCCUCCACCCCCAUCGGAGCCAUGGGCACACCUGCUCCCUCGACGGCCUUCCCCUCCAACACUUCGGAUGCACGGGCCCAGCCCGGUGCCGCCCAGGAACAAAUGGUCCCUGCGUCCAUCCCCACCUCCCCCACCACCUCCCCCACGGUCACUGUCCUUGCCUCUGCCCCCGCCCUCGCCCCCCAGGUCGCCACCAGCUACACCCCCUCAAGCACCACCCACAUGGCCCAGGGUGCCCCCCAUUCCCCCUCCCGAAUGCAUCAUUCCCCCACCCGGAACCUGCCUGCCCCCCACUCUCCUCCACACAACGCCCACUCCCCACCUCGCACCUCAUCCUCCCCGGCUUCAGUCAAUGACUCUCGGGGUCCACGCACCACGGAGCCGUCGAGGAAGAGCAUGAUGGAGGUGGAGCGGAAGCUGGCCCACCGCAAGACGAGCAAGUUCCCCGAGAGCCCCCGAGAGCCAAAGAAGCUGGCCUGGGAGCGGCUGGUGGGUGAGAUCGCCUUCCAGCUGGACCGCAGGAUCCUGUCCAGCAUCUUCCCAGAGCGCGUGCGACUCUAUGGCUUCACCGUCUCCAACAUCCCAGAGAAGAUCAUCCAGGCCUCCCUGAACCCCAGUGACCACAAGCUGGACGAGGAGCUGUGCCAGAUGCUCACACAGCGCUAUGUGAGCAUCAUGAACAGGCUACAGAGUCUGGGUUACAACGGGCGGGUGCACCCUGCGCUGACCGAGCAGCUGGUGAAUGCCUAUGGCAUCCUGCGAGAGCGCCCGGAGCUGGCGGCGUCUGAGGGCGGCUCCUACACCGUGGACUUCCUGCAGCGCGUACUCGUGGAGACCGUGCACCCCAGCAUGCUCACCGACGCGUUGCUGCUGCUCUCCUGCCUCAACCAGCUGGCUCAUGACGACGGCAAGCCCAUGUUCAUCUGGUGACGCUGGAGCUGGGCCGUCCAGGCUCGCUCGGCCCACACCCCCGUGCACGGCCAUUAAAGCUUC